GUCUCUGAAAGAAACCAAAGUCUAUUUUUUUUUUGUUUCUGAGCCUCCCCUCCCCUCUCUCUAAGAUCCCCAAAUUGCUUGUGAAUGCUAGAAACCCUAGACAGAUUCGAUUGGAUGCGCUCCCAUUUCACAUCAAGGGCGAGCGCAUUCGGUUCUUGCAAGCAAGCCUGGUACUACCGCUGCCUCGGCCUCGACCCCUGAAUUUGAACCAUUCAUCACCACCUUUCUUCAUUCAUUCACGGUUUUCCUUUUCGACUCGAUUUGUUGUUUUUUUUGUUUUGUUUCCUUGACGAUGUUGACGAUGAGCAAGCAGAAGAAGAACCAGAACGCGAAGAGGCUGUUGAUAAGCAUCAAUGUGCUGGGGAGCGCGGGGCCCAUUAGGUUCGUGGUGAACGAGGAGGAGCUUGUGGCGGCGGUCAUCGACACCGCACUUAAGUCCUACGCGCGUGAGGGCAGGCUUCCCGUCCUGGGAAACAACACCACCGGUUUCGUGCUUUAUUGCCCCCAUCUUGGAUCUGAUGCUUUGAGUCCUUGGGAGAGAAUUGGAUCACAUGGGGUGAGGAAUUUCGUGCUGUUUAAGAAGCCAGAGGGUGUGGCGGAUGUAGAUGGAAGUACAGCACUUUCUCGCAGCAGCAGGGGGAGUGGGAGCUGGAAGGCUUGGUUCAACAAGUCCCUCAACCUCAAGAUUUCUACCCACUAAUGAAUAAAUCUCUCGGGGAAUUGAACAUGAUGCCUUUUGUGGUGAAUGCCACUAAUAAUAUCCAUAAUACGUAGUAUUUCUUUUGGUUGUUUUUGUUCUCGCUAGCCAGAGAACCCUCUCUUUAGGAAAUUGUUCAACUUUGACAUUUAGGUUUUGAUUUUGAUGGAAUACAAUAAGUUUUGAUUCCUCACUUCCUUGCCAUUUUUUAUUCAAUUAAAUUAAACUUAAGAUGGUGAAUGUGAGCUAAUAUUCCAAGUA